AUGGAUAUUUUUGAAGUAAUUGGUAUCUUAGAAGCGCUGAAAGAGGAUAAAAGGAAGCACUGGGUUCACCCAUUAUACAAGAAAAGGUUGAGCAUUGGACAAUUUCACACUCUUUACCCAGAACUAAGGAAAUAUCCAGAAAAAUUUUACGACUAUUUCAAUAUGACUUCUCAUACAUUUGAUGAAUUGUUGAAAUCUAUAACCCAGUACAUAGCUAAAAAUAAUAUCACAAGAGAUACAUUAUGUCCCGAAGAACGGCUUACUAUAAUUUUGAGAUUCCUGUCAAGUGGACUAAGUUACAGAAAAAUUGCACAAGAGUUUCUUGUUGGAAAAUUGACGGUAUCGAAAAUAAUAAGUGAAACUGCAUGCAUUAUAUGGGAUAUUUUACAGCCACAGGAAAUGCCGGAACCUUCUGAAGAAUUGUGGCUAGAAAUAGCAAAACAAUAUUAUAAAAAAACAACUAUCCUAAUUGUAUAG